AUGGACACUCAGAUUGAACCAACACCGACAGCGACGCGAAACGUGCUGUGGGGAUCCUCGACCUUGAGCGUUCCGCUUCCAAUUGAUGGGGAGAUUCGCUCAAAGUACGUCUCCCUCUACGUUCCAGACUUCAAUCCGGCUUUAAACGUCAUUAUCGACGCAAUAAAUGUCGGAGGUUCCAACCUCCAGGCCCUCGUCGAGGCUGGACUCGUGAAGAAAUUUAUUGACGGUCUGGUCGAUGCAAGAGGAGCGAUGGCCAUUGUGCAGUUCAAUGAUAUAGAAUGCGGAAAAAGAUUAUUCGACCAAGAUACACAGGCGACAGAUUCACAUUUCUUGCAAGAGAGAGCCCACAUCCAUCAAAUUACCAUGAAGCUUCUCCUGGUCGACGGUCACUUCUUUAAGAGGAUGGUGCGCGGUAAAAGGGAUCGAACCGUAACUCUCUUUGUUCACUACCUCAUGAAAGCCACCUCUGCCACCGAGUAUGGAGCCUUCGUCGAGUUUCUUUCCGCUGUCCUUCCCCACACUGAGGACGUGAUGACGCCGAGCGUGUCCGAUCUCACCGCCACUUUGCGCAUCUUUGGCAACGUGCGAAAAGGCAGCAACGACUGCCUCGUCAGCUUCUUCAAGAAACUAGGAGCAGGCCUUCCCUCUAUUCAGUCGGAUCCGAGGUUUUCUCUGAAGCUGUUUGAGGUGAUAGGAGGACUAUGGAACUUUAUCACCGUCGACGACAGAGCAUGGAAUCUCUGCCCUUCACUUGUUGCCCAGUUGCCCGUUAUUCUCUCCCUCGCUCAGCCAUUCUGGAAGAAUCUUUACACUCUACUCUCCACGUUGGCCCAUCAGUACCAGGAUAUCAGUUCUGAAGACUCUUUUUCGAGGGCAUCCAACGACGUUGGCAUCUACAACAUGAUUCGUCGCUGUCACAAGCCGCUUACAACAACCCUUCAGAAAGGGAGAGACCGCGACGCCUCCGUCCUUGUCGUCGCAUUCAUUCAGGCUGGUGUCUUCAGCUUCUUGGAUAGCGUCGUCUCUUGUUUAUCUUUCGAAGCUGGUCACGGGCUUUUCGCUGAUAAUAGAACUGCAACAGGGGAAGGAUCUCAUUUCUUCUUUGUCGGCGUAUUUCUCAAUGAUAUCCUUACCGUCUGCGAAACAUACCCCGACGCGAUAUCCACCCUACGUCCUUAUCUUCCACUGCCUCGUCUUCUUCGUACCUCCCUUGACGCCGUCUAUGCCCACAAUGCGCACCCGCCUCCGACCGAAAUAACUGAUGUGACUAAGUUGGAUUUGAGGGCCUUGGCUUGGUAUUCACUUGCAAGACUUCAGCAGAUGUGUACCGUCCGUGGGGAGUGCCAGGCCCGCGGGUGUAUGAAGAGCGGGAAGUUGUAUCGCUGUAAAGGGUGCUUUACUAUGUUGUACUGCGGGACGGAAUGCCAAAUUCGGGAUUGGAAGGAACAUAAACUUGUAUGCGGAUUCCUCUUACACCCGACGUCCGCCUCCGAAGUGGCAUACUCUCUCAGGAUGCCUACUCGAUUUCGCCAGUACGAUCCGAGCACUCAGUGA